CUUUUCCGUAAAGGGUAGCCGAGACCGUUGGAUAGUUGCAGUUGCCAACUUCCAGGUGAAACUGCCAGAAAGACAAAAAUUUCAAUUGUGUGAGGGCCUUUGAUACCACAGAGCCUAGACACAAACGAUGGACGAUAACAGUCAGGUUUGAUAAUUUAACUGAUAAGUUAAGAUGAUUGUAGAUCAAAACAGCCCCAAAAUACAAAUCGACCAACUUUUUAUUCCAACCUCACGUGACCAUACGCUCGUCCGUGAUUGAACCGGCGAUACUGGCAUUUUUUCCAAUCAGUCUCCAGUAUCAAGGUCAUCUCAACUUCACAGUGGGCGACCAUGAACACGGCACCGACAUCUCGACUGGGCCAAUUGCCCAGCUACGUACGGAUAUGGGUGCGAUACGGCCAUUUCGGCAAGAAGAAGGACGGCAGAGGAUUUCCUCCACCUGAGGGACAUGGGGAGGAUAUCUGGGUAUUUGGUCACAGAAGAACGAACCAAAUUAUUUACAGCUUUGAUAAGACGCUAAACGGUUUCCACGAUCUUAAGCAACUCCCAUUCAAUGGUAAAAAGACAAAACCCGCCAAACUUCGAAAAGACUACUGGUCUCCCUUCGCGCACAUCUCCUUCCCCGCCGGCCAAGGCUCCAUCGGUCGGUCUGUCUUCCAAAAAUUGCGCGAGUUGAAGCACCUGCACGAGGUAGCAUGGGACGACGACUUUCGAUAUAAGAACCCCGAAGAGUUCAGUGAAGCCGAUCGCAAGCGAGUGGCCAAGCAGCAGGAGAAGGGCAACAUGGAUCAUCGCCCCAUCCGAACCAGAGAGGAGCGCGGCGUUGCUCUCAACGCCCAGAAGCCAAACUCCAUUGCCGACAUAGCGUCUGUUCUGGGCGGCGCUGGCCGCGGCAACAAAAUCGUUCUAUCAGAAGAUGCCGAGGGUGCUGAGAAGAAGCUCUUGGAUGUCAAGGUAAACUGGGCGAACGACCAGGACAGGGAGUACGCCCAGAAGUGGUCUGGAAAUGUUACACAUGGUCUGUUCGAAAAGCCGAGCUACAUUUCGAACGAGCCCGAGAAGAAGGAGGAGAAGGCACCGGAGCCAGUGGCUGAAUGAAGAACUCAAAGAGAAGAUUGAAAUGAACUAAAAGCCUCAGGAGAUGGCAUAGAAGGUGGUUGGGUUGGAGAUUGAGUCUUCCACGAACAUCCAGGCCCUCCUACCUCAGUCAUUAUUAUACGUGUUCUACCUCCAUUGUAUAAAAUGUGUAUUUUGGACUCCAUCGGAUUGGACCACAUGGAAAGGUGUGUCAUCGAGUGUCUGGAGACUUAAAAAGGACAUUCCUCAGACAGUUGGCAAACGUUUGUAGAUGAAGGAGCAUGUAUAUAUUCAUCAGGUGGCGUGGUGCCAAAGUCGCUGUACGAUAAUAGCUGUACCAUCAACUAAAUCCAAACACUCAUAAAUCAUUCAUUACCCCGGUUUGUCACCAGGUGCAAAAGUCCAAUCUGAUAUAGGGCGGAAACGCCAGAACAGGUCCAAACCGUAGAGGGAAAAAGAGCAACCCCUGAAAAAGCAGAGCGAGCACAUAGCUAAUUUAAUUUAGAUAGGUAGCGCAAACUGCUUCAGGUACUCGUAAUCAGCUACGUUGUCCUCGACCGUCUUGCGGAUAACCUUUUGCGCCUCAGGACCAUACUUGGCGGUCCAUUCCUUAUCUUCUGACUCGGUGGUCAUCGUCUUCU